UCACGACCAUGAAGAACACACAUUUAGGACAUUCUCUCACUACUGUUCGGCCUCCUUACUCUAUUCUUCAUGGUCACGACAGGAAUGAACUUGUGUGUAUUUAUCAUUCAUUGUGAAUUUGGUGGGUUUAGCGAAGGGACGCAAGAAUCAAUCUUUUACAGCCACAUGUGGUAGCUGAUAAUGAACAUUGGAUGUAAAGUAAAGGGAUUUUAAAAUAUACAUGUACGAAUAUUCCGUUUGUUCUCAUUGGCGUCUAUCAUUCAGUUGAAAACACACCAACGAAAAUGGCAGACGAAGUUAUUUGUCUCUCGUCGUCGGACGACGAAUUUCAGCUAAAAGCGGGAUUCAGGACCAACAAGGGGCCUGAGAGGCAAACGCCUAAUAGAAUAAGGAAAAGGAAAAUUGUGGAAGAAGUGGAAGUGUCGACGGCUAAGAGAAGAAUUCAUUCAGUGAAGAUCGAGACAUUUAAAAAACGUCGGAUUUCCACUGACGAUGGCAUUGAAGAGGUUAAAGAGAUUCCCAAAGCAUCAAAAAGUCAGUCUCAUCAGGAGAAGACUUCUCCCAAAAAAUUUUCCAGUACUGACUUGAGUCUCCCAUCGACAUCCAAAGCGGGAUUGUCAAAUGAAAGAGUGCGGCAUGGGCCGAAGCUGCUAAUAAAAGAGAAACGUCCUAUGGACGAGAAUAACGGUCCCACAGAAGUGUUCUCUCAAUUCUUGAGUCUGUGUCUCUCCAAAGAUCGAAGCCCAGACAUGAAGAAAAUCAUCGAAAAAUUAAAAAGACGUUACGAGCAGACAGAUCCAGCGUAUGUCCACUGUCCAGCUUUCAUCGGUCUUCUCAACGAAAAGCGAGAUUUCCUGAUGAAUGACUCCAACUUAUAUAUCCACAUUCGUGAGAUUGAUUCUGAGAUGAAGUGUCGAAAGAGAGAUGUAGUACAUCCGAAGGAGGAGGGGAAAGUCGAGAAAGCGGAGGCUGAGGAGACGAACGCAGAGAGCAAUCGAAAUGAUUCCAGGAUAAGACUCCUUAUGAAAGCUAUGGAGAAGUGCGAAAAAAGGAUAAAAGAGUUGUCUGAGGCUGAGGUUGACUGGGACGAUGAUGAAGACAGUAGUUACAUGAAGCUCGCUAAAUACGAGGACAAAAUGAUACAAAUGUAUUCCAAGAUCUGCGAGCUAACUGGUGGUGAUCACGAUGCUGGCAGGCGAUAUCUCAGACCCAAACAUCUCAAAGUCACGGGAAUAGCUGAGGUCGAUCAGGCUAUAAUCAGUUUUAUCAACAAAAGAUUGAAGAACAAGAGAAAGAGAUCGCAGCGGGCAUUGUCGGUUGAUUGUGUUAUCUUCCCAGAUUAUUGUGAUAUUUUGAAUUGUAUUGAGGCAUGCAAUAAGCAACGAGAUCUCGGAAUGGAGAAGAAAAAGAUGGAGAAGAUAGCGCAGAAGGCAUUCACCGAUUUGGGGAAUUACCUGCAGAAAGUCAGGAGAGAUGAUUUGGUAGAUAGUUUUUCACUGGUGUUGGCGAAUUCGUCAGAUCCAGCUCGGGAGAAUCCAGAGCUGCUGAGGAAGCUGGAGGAGAGUAAAAAUGAGGGUAAAAAAAAAUUAAAUGCCAUUUUUGAGAAAUAUGUGAGACUGCAGGAGGAGGGACCGGCCAGAGAGGAUGAGAAUGAGAGUGACAGUGAUCCUGAAGAGGAUAAAGAUGACGAGCAGGAGGAUGAGGAUUCCUCGGAAGAGAAGAACGAUGAGGUUGACAGUGAGGAUCCUGUCGACUCCAAUAAAAAUGUUCCCAUAAAUACCUGCUCGAAUGGUGAAUCUCUAAAAAAAUCUCCGUGUAAUGGAUAUUCGGGUAAGGAUCUGCGAGCAACUGGUUAUGUAUCAGAUUCUGCUGACACUGUCAUUCUCCCCACUACUCGAGAUAAUAAAAGGCCUGGGGAGAAGAUGCUGACACCUUCUGUGCCUGCUGUCACGCGGAAACUCCAAGCACAAAUAUCGAAUGAGAAAAUUGCAGCCAAAAGGGUUUACAAACCAGGACCUAAAUUCACGAAACCAAUUAUAAAACCUUUAAUUAAGAAUAUUGAAAACGUCAGAGUGGUAAUAAGGCCUGAUGAUGCUGUCAAUCUCAACGUUUUUAACCAGGGAGUUAUCAGUAACGAGGUGCUUGCUUCCAGUACAAAUGAUGAGGAAGAUGAUACAGUGGCGAAUAAUUCGAAAACCUCUGAGACAAGUCCCGAAGUACCGGACGAUGAAAUGUCGAACGAACAAAAUAAUGACGAGAUUAUAGAUAAAAAUGUACAGCCUUCAAUCAAUAACACAUCAAUAAAAAAUGUCAGUGUGCAAAAUGAAGCCAUCUCCACAGUAUCAAAGACCGACUCUGUCUUAAAAUCUGUCACUGAACCCACAAAAGAGCUUGAUGAUUUCAUUCCACCGGAGUCAAAUGUCGAGAAGAGUCCUCCGAGAAAAGUCACGAGUCUGGAUAAUCCAGAAAUUACGUCAAGUACUGGUGCCAUCGAGGACGGGAAAAAAUCGGAAAUAAUUGCCGGAGAUAUAGAAGAUGAAAUACAUGGAGAGGAUGAUAUUGUAGUCGUCGAUAACUCUUCAUUUCCAGACUCGACACUGCAACGGGCAGAUAUAAAAAAGACUGAGGACACCAAAGAAAUCAAUCAAUCAAAAUUUGACAGCCAACCAGUAUUAAAACUCCGUGAAUUUGCAAAGCCCCCGGAAUUUUGGAAAAACACUCCAGACAAAAAUCCUGAGACUCGUAAAAAAACGAUUGCAGCUAACGUACAACCAAUUGAAUGCAUUGACGUGGAAACUGAUACAGUACAAACAGACACUUCGUCGUCGAUCGCAGGUACAUCAUUGUCAUCAAAUCGAUUGUCAGUGAUGAAAAAAUCGAAAUCGAUUUCAAUUGUGGGCACAUCUAAGCAAGGCUCGAAAUUCGUACGACUCACACCCAUAGAUGGUAUCAAAACAAAAAUCAUCGAGACUUCACGACAGAAAAUCUUGUCUCUCCUUUUGACCAAAUCCAUCAUAUCGCAUUUUUCUGGGAUGCCGGUGAGGACCAGGCCACUACAUAAUGCCACCGUUGGAUCAUCAAAUGUGGCUCAGCCGAAUCAAAACCCUAGAUUCAUUAAUCCUGUACAUCGUAUUCGAAAUAAUUUGGUGGUUCGAACCCCCGAUAAACGGGUUAAUCCAGUGACUAUCAAAAAAAUAAUGCAAAAGCAUCAGUGAGUGGUAUAUCUGCUAUAGAUCGAGGAAUCGAUUAUGGAAGAACUUUUUUUUAUAA